AGGCUAUUUAUUGUAUUUAGACUUGUAGCCUUUAUUAGUUUAAAAAAAAGAAAAAGAAAAGAAAAGCAUAGUCGUACAAUAUCUACAAUUCGAAUCCCCCUCAAUCUAAUUAUACUAAAGAAAAUGAUAUAUAUCUUACCGUUUUUGAUGGUAGAAGAGUAAGUUGCAGUAAGGAAGGAGUAAGUCGAUAAAGAAAGUGAUUGUUAUUGUUUUUUUUAAUCCAAUUUUAAAUAUAUUGAUAAAAGAAUAAAUUUAUGUAUAUAUAAUUGGGAUUUGGGUCCUUGCAGUGUGGGCCAUGACUAUGACACGCUGGGCGUCUCUUAAGUUAAAGCAACAACGCCAACAUUUUUUCGCGAACUCACUGCUGUGUCUGACUACAUUGUUGCUACUUCACCCUCCCCCCUUUCUCUUUGAUUUUCUUACUCCAAAAUUCAUAAAUCUGCACAAGAAACAAGGUUGAAUGAAAUGAUGUCAAGAAAAAACAUAGCAAACGCAGUAGGCGGAAAGACCGCAAGAGCCUGCGACAGCUGCGUUCGUAGACGAGCACGAUGGUACUGCGCCGCAGACGAUGCCUUCCUCUGCCAAUCAUGCGACACCACUGUUCAUUCCGCCAACCCUUUAGCCCGUCGCCACCAACGCCUUCGCCUAAACUCCUCCAAUUCACCUACCCUUAAUUCCCCAUCUUGGGUUUCCGGUUUCACCCGCAAACCUCGCACCCCACGCCCCCGCCCAAAAUCCAACGACCUCAUCCACGUCUCGGUCGUUCCAGAGACUGACGACGCCACCUCCCACGAAGACGAACAUCUAGAGGAUCAAUUGUUGUAUAGAGUGCCUACUUUGGACGUGAAUGUAUCGGAUUUUGGUGGGGAUGUGGAGAAGAAUUUGGAGAGGGAGUGGUUCGAUAUAGAGGAGGAGUUGGGUUUUGUUAAAGUGGAGGAGAGUUGUUGGAGAAUUGGGGAGGGAUUUGAUAGUGAUCAGGUUGAUUUCUUGAUGGAUUUUGAGGAGAUUAAGAUACCUCCUCUUGUAGUUGGUGUUAAAAAUGAAAGACAUGAAGAUAAUGAAGAUGAUGAAUCUGGAAUAACCAACAAGAACAAAAGGAGAGUAUUGAGUUUGCGAUUGGAUUGUGAAGCUGUGAUUGCGGCUUGGGGUAAUCUUCAGUCUCCUUGGACAAAUGGACAACGCCCUGAUUUUGAUCCUGACCAACCUUGGCCCAACUCCAUGGAGGUAUGCGAAGUGAGGUACGGGCAGAGGUGUGGAGAACAUGGGUUACGGACGGCGGCAAUGGGUGACGGAGGGAGGGAGGCACGUGUGUCACGGUACAGGGAGAAGCGGCGGACGAGGUUGUUUUCCAAGAAAAUAAGGUAUGAAGUAAGGAAAUUGAAUGCGGAGAAGAGGCCCAGAAUGAAAGGGAGGUUUGUGAAGAGAACUCCUUUUCCUCCACAGCCAACUCUUCCCUUUAUUACUAUUAAUUAAACACCCUAAGUUCCAAAAUCUUCAAUCAAACUUCAUUCCCAUGUACACUACCAAAUUCAUAUAUACUACUCUCUUCUCCCUACUCUUAGUCACAAAUAAGUUCUAUCAUAUUUAACUUGUAUAAGCUUUUUGAAAGAGCUUAUAACAUCAAUUAGUUUUCUUAUAUUAUAUCUAAUCUUCAUAUCUUUUGAUUCCUUA